AUAUUUGAAAAGGCGAAAUCUGCAUAGAGAAAUUCAAAUUCUCUCAUGUGGCUAUCCUGAGAAGAGAGCAUGAGAUGUGAAGCGAUUGGUGUUCUUGUUUGCAAUAUACUGUUAAGAGGGCUAUGAAUUUCGGUCUUAAUAAUUAAUAACAUACAAAAAAGCAAUAGCAUUGACAGUCGGUGCUGAAUUAUAAGCAAAAGCUAUGUCGAAAAUAGCAGGUUUUGAGACACACGAUGAUGGACCCGGAUUUGUUGGUAUUCGAUUUUGUCAGGAAUGCAAUAACAUGUUGUACCCGAAGGAGGAUAAAGAGAAUAAAGUUUUACUAUAUGCAUGUCGGAAUUGUGAAUAUAAGCAGCUAGCUGACAGCAGUUGCAUUUAUGUCAACAAAAUUAUGCAUGAAAUUGAUGAACUGACACAUAUUGUAUCAGAUGUGAUAUCUGAUCCCACCUUACCUCGGAGUGAGGAUCACCCUUGCCCAAAAUGCAAUCAUCGAGAAGCAGUAUUCUUCCAGGCACAGACACGGCGAGCUGAAGAGGAGAUGAGACUGUAUUAUGUAUGCACCAAUGCACACUGUGCACACCGAUGGACUGAAUAAGAAGGAAUGAACUGCAUGGUUUGGAUUUGUGUUCCAUGUUUUAAAGACCUGAAGGAUCUCGAGUCCUGAUUAUGAUAUAUGUCUGAUUCAAACAGAUGUAGAAGACAGGCAACAUUUUUUCAUUCAGAAAAGACGAAGAUUACUGCAUAUGGGCUAAGCAUGAAGGCUCCUGCCUAUGGUGUAUAACAGCUCAUCUCAUUACCACUGCUACCACUAAUGCUAUUAGAAGAGAGAGGUUUUAUCUUGAAUUGUAUAGCUACCAUAUUACAAUAUGUGGAAGACAUAUAAUGAAUUUAAUCAUCCUGUCAACCCUAAACUGUACAAAGAAACAACCUGUUUGUUUUGAGGAAACCUUGUUUUUCAUCAACUGUUCAUACCUGGAGAAUGUUUAAUGAAGAAUAAACUAUUAUUCUUUA